CUUUCCAAGAUUGCCAAGAUUGUUAGUGCCAGAAAGGAUAUUAUCGUAUUUGAAGAUGCAUUUGUAGUUCAAAAAAAGUCUACGUAUGCAGAUGAAGAUAAUUUAACCUUAUUAACAAAAAAGGCGCAAGUGUUCCUUUUGGAAAUUUUUGGUAAUAUUUACCAACGAUUAGGUCAAAGUUCCAUCGUCGAAGGCAGGGAAGAGAAAAUUACUUACAAAUUAGCUUCGUUGAAUCUUGUCGUAGACAAAAAACAAAUGCUGUUAGGGUUUAGCAGUGAGCAUUUGCCAUUAUUCGACAAAUGUGAUCAUUGUUAUGGAUUAUUAUAUGACAGGACAGGUAAAAGCUCCAUGGUUAUUGCAUGUGGUCAUGGAUACCAUGAGAGCUGUUUUACUAUAUUGAAUGGAAAAUGUUGUUAUUGUGAAAGUAUUCUCAAAUUAGGUAUAAAGAAUAACAUCUCUUCUUUACUUUCACGGUUAAGUAAAUUAGAUAAAUCGAAGUCGAAUCUUGAAAAGAUUGUUGAAACCGAUGAAGAUAGUCCACAAGAUCAGAGAAUAGAAAAUGAAGAUGAUAUAUUGGAAGUACCUCGAAAAGAUAAACAAGCGUUGUCAAGGGUGGAACAAGCUUAUCCUGCAGCUUUUGAAAAAUUUUUGAAUACUAAUAUCGCGAAUAUUUAG